GUUGUGGCCUGUGGCCUUGGUCUUGCUGAGAUGCUUCAAAGCCUUAUUAAGAAUGUCUGGGUCCCCAUGAAACCCUACUAUACCCAGGUUUACCAGGAAAUUUGGGUAGGAAUGGGGUUAAUGACCUUCAUCAUUUAUAAAAUCAGGAGUGCUUAUGAAAGAAGUAAAGCUUUGAAAGGCGCCAGUCCUGCACCUGCCCAUGGCCAUCAUUAA